AUGGCCUCGCUAGCACUUGCAUCCGGACUUUCUAUUAAGUCCAGCAGCGAAGCACCAAGAACUUCAUCAGCGAAACCAGCAACAAGAGAGCCAUCGAUCGAAGAAUUAGAUGCGAUGGAACUACCGGAUUACAGCAAUGUCGUCCAGCAGAAACCGCUGAAGGAGACGACACUUGUCGCCAAGGCGCCUCAAUGUCCCCCAGAAGUGCAUACACAAGGAGAUAGUACUGGGGCUAUUGAGACCUCCAAACCUCCUGACGAUUUGGAAAGAAGCGAGCCACCGACACCAAUACAAGACCGAACAACGUCCGUUCUGCCCAGCUUCUCCUACCCGGCGAUGAACAAAUGGCGGAUCCUGGCAGCUUGCAUUACUUACUUUGGCAACGGCAUGAGCGACAGCGCGCCAGGAGCUCUGCUUCCACACAUUGAAAGUUACUACAGCAUCGGAUACGCUAUUGUCUCUCUGAUAUGGAUUACGAACGCCGCAGGUUUCAUUCUCUCUGCAUUCUUCAACGACCCAAUCAGCUCCCGCCUCGGCCGCGCCAAGAGCUUGAUGCUGUCGGAAGCCUGCAUGAUCGUAGCCUAUGUCGCUAUUGUAUGCUCGCCUCCCUUUGGGGUCGUUGUGGCGGCAUAUCUCGUCAUGGGUUUCGGAAACGCCCUGAACCUAGCGCUGAACAACGUAUUCUGCGCUAACCUGGCCGAUUCCACAGUCAUUCUCGGUCUCGCGCAUGGUUCUUACGGCGUUGGCGGUAUCGUGGCCCCGAUUGCCGCCACAGCCAUGGUAUCCAACGGCAUCCUCUGGUCUCGAUUCUACUUCAUUCCCAUUGGAGUUCGCGCUGCUUGCUUUGCAUUCUCGGGCUGGUCGUUUUGGAAGUACGAGAAGGAGGGUGUUUCGCUAUUUGCAAACAGCCUACAGCAGAUUGCCAGCAGACAAGCUGCAUCAGAGCUAGGAGAGCCAACGAAGCUGCAAUUGCUGGGCCGCGCUCUGCGAAACAGGACUACCUUGAUCGGAGCUUUGUUCAUUUUCUCUUACCAAGGAGCAGAGGUCUCUGAGAGUGGCUGGUUCAUCUCAUAUCUCAUCAGCUACCGCAAUGGUGACCCGGCGCAUGUUGGCUAUGUCACCUCCGGUUUCUGGGCUGGGAUCACCAUCGGCCGUUUCACCCUCACACAUGUCGCGCGCCGUGUCGGCGAGAAGCGAUUCGUUCUUGCCACCACAGUCGGCGUCGUCGUUUUCCAGCUUCUGGCGUGGUUCAUCCCAAGUGUAAUUGGAGAUGCAGUUUCCGUCGCGAUCCUGGGACUUCUACUGGGGCCUGUAUAUCCAUGCGCGACGACUAUCUUUACUCGUUUACUGCCCGCCAACAUUCAGAUGAUCGCAAUUGGUUUCAUCUCCAGUGCUGGAUCGAGUGGAGGCGCUGUGGUCCCGUUCUUGACCGGUCUUAUUGCUCAGGCUGCUGGCACCUACGUACUACAUCCGAUCUGCAUUGCUUUCUACGUGCUGAUGAUCGGAUGCUGGGUAUUACUACCCAAGGUGAAGAAGAUGGCAUCGGAAUGA